UUAAGGCGCUGUGCGGCGGCGCUGGGGCGCCUGGCCCUUUAAGGGCUAGCCCCGCCCCCGGCCCGGCAGCACUGUGAGCCCUGGCAGCGCCAGGCCAGGCGGGGUUCGGCGCGGACACUCUCCCCCUGCCUGGUGCCAUGGCCAUGAGGGAGCUGGUGGAGCCGGAGUGCGGGGGCUCCAACCCCCUGAUGAAGCUGGCCGGGCACUUCACCCAGGAUAAAGCCUUGCAGCAGGAGGGGCUCCAGGGGCCGCUGGCCUGGCCCCCCGGCGCGCCCGCUGCUGCGGCCAUAUCCAAACCCCUGGGAGUGGCCACCGAAGAUGAGCUGGUUGGAGAGUUCCUGCAAGAGCAGAAUGCCCCUUUACUGUCCCGUGCACCCCAGACGUUUAAGAUGGAUGACCUGUUGGCUGAGAUGCAAGAGAUUGAACAGUCAAGCUUCCGACAGGCCCCUCAGCGAGCUCCAGGUGUGGCAGCCCUGGCACUGUCUGAAAACUGGACCCAGGAAUUCUUGGCUACAGCAGAUAGUGCUGGUGAUGUCUCUUCAGAUUACAACGAGGCUGACUGGUCACAGGAGUUCAUCGCUGAAGUGACAGAUCCACUGUCUGUGUCUCCUGCCAAGUGGGCAGAAGAAUAUCUGGAGCAGUCAGAGGAGAAACUGUGGCUUGGGGAAUCGGAAGACCAGUCUUUGGCAGAUAAAUGGUAUGAGGAAUAUCAGCCUGAGGAUGAUCUUAAGAAAACUGUUAGUGAUUUCCUCUCUGAAGUGGAUGAUCCAAAACUCAAGAAUUCUGAGUUCCUAAAGUUUGUCCGCCAGAUCGGAGAUGGGAGGGUAUCGAUCGAAGCUAAUCAGGUGACCCACAGAGACCAAGAUCAGGCAGAGCAAUGGGCAGCUGAGUUUAUACAGCAGCAGGGGGCAUCUGAUGCCUGGGUGGAUCAAUUUGCGCGAUCUGGGAACAUGUCAACUCUUGAUACGGAAUUUGAGCAGGCCAAGACUGCUGUGGAGUCAGAUGUGGACUUCUGGGACAAACUCCAGGUGGAAUGGGAGGAGAUGGCCAAGAGAGAUGCAGAGGCUCACCCUUGGCUCUCUGAUUAUGAAGACCUCAGUUCCUCCUCAUAUGACAAGGGUUACCAGUUUGAGGAAGAUAAUCCCAUGAGGGAUCAUCCAGAUGCGUUUGAAGAGGGGCAGAAGCGCUUGGAGGAAGGUGACCUCCCCAAUGCUGUCUUGCUCUUUGAGGCUGCAGUGCAGCAGAAACCCGAUCACAUGGAGGCCUGGCAAUAUCUGGGAACCACCCAAGCAGAGAAUGAACAGGAGCUUUUGGCAAUCAGUGCUCUCAGACAGUGCUUGGAAUUGCAGCCUGGGAACCUCACGGCACUUAUGGCUUUAGCAGUCAGCUUCACCAACGAGUCCUUGCAGAAGCAGGCAUGUGAGACCCUGCGGGACUGGCUACGCCAUAAGCCGGACUAUGCCCACCUGCUGGAGAAGGAGGUGGAGGAGAGUGUCUCGGGGACAAACCUGGGACCUUCCAAGCGUGUCCUAGGUUCUCUACUAUCUGACUCGCUCUUUGUGGAGGUGAAAGAGCUGUUCCUAGCAGCUGUGCGCAGCAACCCCUCAACUGUCGAUCCUGAUGUUCAGUGCGGCCUGGGUGUCCUUUUCAACCUUAGUGGCGAGUAUGAGAAGGCUGUGGAUUGCUUCAGUGCUGCGCUCAGUGUGCGCCCCAAUGACCAUCUUCUAUGGAACAAGCUUGGUGCCACCCUGGCCAAUGGGAACCGGAGUGAGGAAGCUGUGGCUGCGUAUCGUCGGGCACUGGAGCUCCAGCCAGGAUACAUCCGCUCUCGCUACAACUUGGGCAUUAGUUGCAUCAACUUAGGUGCCCACCGUGAGGCUGUGGAGCACUUCUUAGAGGCUUUGCACAUGCAGCAGAAGAGCCGAGGUCCGCGAGGGCAGCAAGGCGCUAUGUCUGACAACAUCUGGAGCACCCUCCGCAUGGCCCUCUCCAUGCUGGGGCAGAGUGACCUGUAUGGGGCAGCUGAUGCCCGUGAUCUUCCCACACUGCUUCAGGCAUUUGGCCUCCAGCAGUGACUCUGGGAUGGGAUCCCCUGCGAGUGCAGGGUUGGCCCAGCCCAGCAGUGACCUUCCUUAGAGAGAAAAUGUUCACUAGGGUUCACGCAUAUCUUCGCUCUGGUAGGGCAGAUCGUUGGCGACUGUUUUUUCAAGGACCUCCCGCUGAAGUGUGCAACUUCCCCUACCUGUCUGUUGUGCCCUGAGCAUCUCUGAGCGGUUCAUGCUAUCACCUCCGUGACUGACUGGCGCUCUGCUGGUAGGCAGAUGAUCCAAGUGGGAAGAUGGCAACAUCCAGCUCUCUUGCCAGACUGCAUUUGCUGUAAUGCCCCAGCGUGACUGAGACCUUACAAUAGCCAUUCUGCAGAGACUACCUGCUGGAUGUGUCUCAAGUGCAGGUUGCUUUGGUGGGGUGGGAUUGCCGUUUAGUGAAAGGGUGAAAAAUUCUGGGUUUUGAGCAUGGUUCCGCAUGUAUGUGCUUGCAUGUGUGUAUAUGUGGGUUGCUAGGGAAAACUGGGGGCGCAGUCACCUUUUCUGGGUACUGGUAGCUUCAUGGUACAGCCACAUGCUAGUUUCUCAGUGUCUUUUAAGGAACCUUUUAAGAGCAGAAUAUUUUACUUACGCUAGGGACACAAGUGGAGGCCCUUACCCUAUCAGGGUAAGAGGAGAUCCCAGAGUUCAGACUUGAGGGAAUGUGAUAAGAAUAAAAGUACAAAAAUGUAAUCUCCCCUCCCAGAAUAUGGUGGGGAAAGGGUCAAGUCUUGAUUUUCACUUGAUCAUCUGUCAUUGUUUUCCUUUGUGCAGAAGUUCUCCAUCUUGUGUGUAACUGAAUCUUGUUAAUUAUAAAUAUCUGUAUAUGAUUCUGUUGGGGAAAAUGUUUUUUAAUUGUAAAGUAUUUUGUAUAAUAAAGGGGGGAGAAUUAAAAUUGCCAAAAUGACAUCUUUGUGCCUCUGGAGCUGCAUGCAGUGGGUAGUGUAUAUCACUCUGGGAGUCUAAGCCCACUGACUUUCAAAAGAUAGAUCAGAGUCUGAGUUUGUUUCCCCUUUUGAUCCAGGUUUUGUUUUAUUGAUAACUCGUAUGCAAAUGAAGCUCAAAGGCCCUAAUUUUGCUGUAGCCUUGGGCUUUAGUUCUAUGAGCCAGCAGGAGAGCUUCCUUGUGCCAAAAGCGUUUUCUUUUCCUUGCUUAGGUUUAGGGAUCAGUGAAGCACUCCCCACACACAGCACCACCACCCCACCCCCCUCCCCCCCCAAUUUCCAGGUUUCCUGCUCUCUGCAGUGGGGAAAAUUGUGUUACAUUUUGUCAUCUCAUUGAGGACCCCUCCUGCUGUGGUAGUCGAGACCUGGGGCUCAGCAGGGAGCGCUUACCCUUCUUCUUCCACCAGGCACCUGUUUCUUCCUACCUCUGCCUCACAGGCUUGUUUUUCUCUCACUGCUGUAACAAUCAGGAGCAGAAAGUAUGGGCAGAGAAUAGUUCUUGCUGUGUCUUCUGCAUUCUAGCUUCCCGUGUCUCACAUCCAGCCCUGUGGCACUAAAACCUACAUGCACUAUUCUGAAACUGCUGCAAUGCAUGCAUAAAUGAUUUGCUGCUUGUGCUGUCUAAAAGGAAGGGAAACAUUACUUCUGGAUCCUGCUAACAUGUGCUGCUCCUGGUCAGAGAACUGCCUUUUGGUUUUCACUGAUCUCAAUCCUUGUCAGAUUCUUCUCAGCAAAAGAAAACAUUAGUGCCUGUGCUGUUCCUCACCUGCUGUCCACCUGAUCUCCCUUUCUCUGUUCCCUGUGGUCCCCCCUGCCACUGAUUUUCUUUGCCCCUCUGCUGCACUGCAUUCCUCUCUGUUCACACUCCCAUUGUCACUGCUUGGCCUUCCCUUUUUCUCAUCCUCAGAUGCCAUUAAUGCUUCUCUUCUCCUUGAUUUCCUAGUUGUCUCAAUGUCCCUUGCUAUUCAGCUUGAUCUCUUGGCUUUGUGCUUGGUGUCCUUACCUAUCGCACAUCCCCUCCUGUCUCUGUAGCUAGAGUGAGCUGUCACCAUUUGUUCUCUUUCCCUGUAAGUUGUUCUUUCUUCCCUCCCCCCCACCUUAAAUCAUCUCCUAGCAAGUGUGCUGCCUUUGCUGAGGCCAGAUCUUCACCUAGACAUGAGGUCCUGUUUCAGCCUCCCAGGGCUGAGUAAGACCGAGCUGCUUCUGUCCGGACCCUGUCUAACCUUGUCCUGUUAAAAAUUGUCUUUGGAAACGGCACGUUGGUGCAGGGAGCAGCAGCUGGCUGAUCGUAUCCGGAUUGUGGGUCCUGUUCACGCCUUUUGCCUGCCCUCCAGCCACCUCUGAACCAGGCUUGUGCUGGGGCUCUGGAAGUACCUUGAUUCUAGUUUGCAUUUCCAGCUACACCGUCUGGUGCCAGGCCCUGUCGUACAGUGGGGGUGGUCAGCAGGUGCCGAGCAUUUCAGAAUCACAGGUGAGGCAGUGAGGGGUGUUUGGGGGUCCCUAAUCCACUCCCCUGUCACAACAGGCCUGCCUUGGAUGCUAGACCAGGUAGCUGAGGGCCUUACAAAUGAGCAUGCUCUGCAAUUUUUGUACUUUCUCCUCUUGUACUUUCCCAAGCACACAGAGCAGCGGCAGGGCCUGUCGCCACUAGAAGCAUAAGGGGAGCCCACAGGCCCUUCUCUGUUCUUUUCCAAGUCUGUGGGUGCUACAGGACCCGAACUAGAUCUUUCGCAGGGCACUGGAGGUGCAGUCAAAAGGGAUGGUUCAGUACAUGUUCUUCCACCCAUGCUUCUUGUUGUGUUUUCAGUGUUUUAUUUAUUUGCUGCUUCCAAUAAAUCUGAGAAUCUCU